AUGAACUUUCUAAAUAAAUCAAAGAUAGAAAUUUCAGAAAUUGUAAGAACAUCCAAGACAAAAACAUUGGUUUUCGCUUAUGAUGGAACUAGAAGAAGUCAUUUAAUAAAUGAAAUAAAUAAAAAUAAAGGAACUGAUGAUAGUUUAAUCGAAAUAAAUUGGAAUGAUUAUUCUUCAAAAUCGUUUAAGAAAAUGAUCGAUCUAACAAUAAUGAUGAUGAAACAUGGUAUUCAUACAGUAAUUUAUCCAAUGUGGUUCCCAACACUUGGAAAACGUGGUCCUGAAUACUAUCCGAAAUUUAUUAAAUAUUUAUGGGGACUCAAUUGUCUGAUUACCGAUAGCAGACUGAUGGAUAUAUUUCUUUCACUUGGAAUAAGAAUAGUUUUCUAUGGAGAAUGGAGAGAGUUUUGUAGAAUAGGUAACGAUGAAGAAUUGGAGAAUCUAAUGGAAUCGCUGAUGUCAAAAACCAAACAUUGUACAAAUCAUCUUUUAUUAUUUGGUACCAAUAUAACAUCUACAACAGAAAUUAUUUCUAAGCUUUCAAUAGAUUAUUUUCAAAUUCACAAUAAGUUGCCAAGUAAAAAUGAAUUGAUUGAACAAUAUUAUGGUGUUCCAGUUGAUUCUGUAGAUUUAUAUAUUGGUUUUGAUAGAUUUUGUACUGAUGGACGUCCACCAAUUAUUUCAGAGGAAGGUUCAGAGAAUUUAUAUUUUACCGUUUCUCCACAUAGUUAUUUUAAUAAAAAACAAUUUAGAUCAAUUUUAUUUGAUCAUAUAUAUGCAAGAUCAGUAGUCAACUCUAAAGAUUAUGAAUUAAAAAAGAGUGACAUCAUACUGAUGAAUGAAUUUUACAAUGCAAACUCAAUGUCGACUUUGGGUUGUGGUAAUGUCCAAAAAAAUGGUUACUAUUGGUUUCCAACACCUCAAACUGUGUUGAUAGACAAAUUCAAUGCUACACCUAAAUCCUCUAUCAUUUCUAAAUCGAAUCACUCAAUAUUGGGCAACUUUAAGUCAUUGUUUAAAAGUAAUCAAGGUCAUAGAAAGAUAACACCAAUAAUAACCAAUUCAUCAAUUAUAGAGAAUAGAAAUAAUACAUUAGUUGUAACAAAUUAA